UUUCUGAAUGUGGCGACGGUGGAAAACGGGAAGCAGAAACUGAGGGGAGAGGAAGAAGAAGAAGUGUGUAUAAUGAGACCUCUGCUGCUGCGCUCCUCGCUCGGCUGCCUGGCGACACAUUUCGGCUCAUUUUCCGCUUCUCGAAACAAACUCGUGACACAAGCAACAUCCGCUCCUCACCUGUUGUAUCUCAGAAAAACCAUGCACUAUCAGACGGAGGAGAGAGGACGCCCCCAUUCACCUGACUACCGGAUUUAUUUUAAAACCUCUGAUGGAAAAUACAUUUCACCAUUCCAUGACAUCCCACUUAUAGCGGAGACAGAACAGGAAAACGAUGUGCCUGCUAAAAAGUCCAAGAAGAGUGAGGUUCUCUAUAACAUGGUAGUGGAGGUGCCUCGAUGGUCAAAUGCUAAAAUGGAGAUUGCAACAAAGGAACCGCUGAACCCGAUCAAACAAGAUGUAAAGAAAGGAAAGCUCCGAUAUGUCGCCAAAGUUUUUCCCCAUAAAGGUUAUAUUUGGAAUUAUGGGGCACUUCCACAGACAUGGGAGGACCCAGACCACACGGACACAGAGACAAAGUGUUGCGGUGAUAAUGAUCCCAUUGACGUUUGUGAGAUCGGCACCAAGGUGUGUGUUCCAGGUCAGGUGAUCCAAGUGAAAGUGCUCGGCAUCUUGGCCAUGAUCGACGAGGGAGAAAUGGACUGGAAGGUCAUCGCUAUCAGUGCUGAGGACCCCGAUGCCAAACACAUGAAUAGCAUAGAGGACGUCCGGAAGAGCCGGCCCGGUCAUUUAGAGGCCACUGUCGACUGGUUUAGGAAGUACAAGGUGCCCGAUGGAAAGCCUGAGAACCAAUUUGGAUUCAAUGGACAAUUUAAAGACAAGGAUUUUGCGGUUGCGAUCAUAAAGUCCACCCAUGAGCACUGGAGGGCACUAGUGCAGAAGCAGGAGAAUAGUGGAGGGAUUGAAUGCAAAAAUAUCUCCUGCUGUGAGAGCCCUUUCAAAUGCAGUGCAGAUGAGGCCAAAGAUGUGGUAGAAUCGGCUCCUGCAUUUGGCAGCGCACAUCCCGUGUCUCCAGAGGUGGACAAGUGGCAUUUUGUCUGAAGCCCUAGAGACAACAUGGAAAUCAACAAAACAUCCUAACGUCUAAUGAAGCAGCUGCAUCUUGUGUAUUCAGCUGGAUUUUUUUUUGGUAAGGACUCAUUCUCCGCUGUAUAAAGUGCCAUCCAGGUUUAUCGUCCAUUCAUUUGUUGGGAAAAAUAAACAUGCUGAUACCCAGGAGAUUGAAAAUACCAGCUGGGGAAGAUCUGCACUUUUGUACGAGAUGUGUUUUUAAGUGUCAUGUCUGACACCAGAUUGAUUUAUAAUCAUUCAGAGGUUAAUCACAAACAUUAUUGUUGUCUUUUCUAUUAAAGUGUAAUUUUUGUUGUAUG